AUGGCGACCAAACUGGCUCCUGGACGGUUUGUUCGGUCGGUUCUCAAGUCGUUCAUGGCCGAGUCCGGCCUGGAACCGAGCAAUGGAGGCAAAGUUGGUGACACGAUACACGCAACUGCAACUUGUGAUAAGAUUGGCAAGACUCUGGCCUACACGACCAUCACAUUCAAGAACGGGAAAGGCGAGCUCGCCGCGAGAGGCAGUCAUACUAAGUACGUGGCACAAGCAUGGGGUGCACAUCCGGAGUACACCGCGCCAAAGGAUAUGGUCGUGGAAGGCGAGGAGAACUAA